AUGGGUAGAGAUAUAAUAGCAUUAGAUGAUUUAACCAUAAAUAAUGUAGGAGUAUUAAAGAAAAUAAAUGAAGUUACGGUAGGUACUAAUUAUCCACAAUCUUGGUAUGAUUCAAUUUUAAAAUCUUCAGAUUCAAUAGUUAAAUUAGCUUAUUAUUCAGAAAUACCAAUUGGUGGAAUGAAGGCAAAAACUUUUAAUAAUUCACAAUCAAAAUCUAAUUUCCAAGAAGUUAUAAGCUCAAAUAUUUCAAAUAAAACUCCAAAUUGUGUAUAUAUCGAAAGUUUUGCCAUUUUAAAAGCGUAUCAAAGUUUGGGAGUUGGUUCAAAAUUAUUAACAUGGUUAAUUGAAGAAACUAAAUCCAGAUUCAUACAUGAGAUUAUAGUACAUCUACAUACAGAUAAUAAAAAAGCAAUUGAAUGGUUUGAAAAAAAAGGGUUUAAACAAUUAACUGAAAUUAAAGAUUACUAUAAAGAUCAAGGUUUAGAAAAUCCAGAUGCUUAUUUACAUAGUUUAACUGUAUAG